CCGCCCGCGAGGCGAGGAAGGGGGCGGCCCGCGGCCGGGGCGGGGGGCGGGGGCGGCGUGCUCGGGCCGGGCGUGCCCGCGGCAGGUAGCGUCGCAUGCCGACCGAAUAAAUAAUGAAAUAAAGCAGAGGGAAUUCGGUGUGAACGGAGAGCUGCGGGGCGUCGAAAGGCAGGGAGGGGCCGGAGCGGGCCUGGGUGGGGGCCGGACGCGUGAAGCCCUUCGAAGUCCUGCCUUUCCUCUCCGGCACGGCUUCUCAUUAGCUCGGGGUGGCUCUCGACACGGGGUGGUCGGGGGGUGUUGUGAAAAUACCAGGCCCCAACCCAUUAGGAACCGUUUCUCUGAGUUUCCUGGGGAAUUUUGAGUAGUGAUGUUAUUUCUGAAAACAGGGAAUCUCAGACAUCCGUUGACAACUUUCGCAAAGUGCUUGCGUUGAAUUAUUAGCAGCAUCAGUUGGGGUACCUUUCCUGGUCCCUGUGACCGUGGUUGCUCUUUGAUUAAAAUCUUCCGACAGGGCUCUGAGGUCUAUCUUAACCGUGUGGCUGGUGAGGUUUGACGUUUAUGGAGUAUUUCGGGUUGAUGAGAGUGUGAUUCAGGAAGCAGAGACAGGGUUCAUUCAUUUCUGUAUCCCUGUCCCCUCCGCAUGGAGGAUACGUGAAGAACAGUGAUAGAUAUACAGACAGGGUGAUGUCAGAGCUCAGAGGACACUUUCUGUGCAGGCCCUCAGAUAAUUAAUUCACAUUGAAUUAGUUAUUGGAUGCCACCGUGUUGCAUAACAUACAGAUGAAGUACAGGAUGGGUUUCCUGAUCUUCCAGCUCUACAGUCUGGUUUGUCUUAUGGUGUUAGAGUCCAGCCUCCCUUAAUUCACCUACCAGAUCUUUGGCUUUGGAUCAGACUUCACAUCCUUAGAAGAUGUUUGUAAAUACCACUCCCCCCCACCCCCCAACGCGGUCACCUGCCACCCCGGAGCACCGUCUCUCUGGGAUUGUUAAUGGCCAGGCUCUUUCCGGUAGCAGCGUUCACCUGUGGGACGGGUAGAAUACGUGUCAGGUAACAGACGUUGGCAGUCCUUCCGUGUGAGAAGCACUGUGGCGGGCACUGGAUCACCCUGCACACAUUCUUGCCUUGAGUAAAUGAACUGGAACUUAUCUCUUUUACUUUAGGCUUUCAGAUAAGCUUCUGUGAAAAGGCACAAAAGUGGGAAGAAUAACGACCACUACCGCCCUGCCCUCCGCUGCACCCGAGGCUUGCGAGAUUGAACCCGGGCCACGGCAGUGAAAGCCUGCAAUCCUAACCACUAGGCCACCAGGGAACUCCCACAAUUGCUUUUUGAUACACAUCAUUCUCUUUUCCCUCAGCUUUAUGAGAUGUAAUUGACAUGUGACAUUGUAAAUGAUAGUUUGCAGUGCUGCCUGCUUUACUGCUCGAGGCAGAAGCUAACAAGGAAGUAAACGCAAAGCACUGAAGUUGAAUUUUGCAAAUCCACCUUUCAAAUCUACAGCAAGGUUUACUCUGAAUCCCAAUCCUGCAGGAGUUCAAAACCCACACAUAGAGAGACUGAGAACACACAGCAUUGAAUCGUCAGGAAAACUGAAGAUCUCCCCUGAGCAACACUGGGAUUUCACUGCAGAGGACUUGAAAGACCUUGGAGAAAUUGGACGAGGAGCUUAUGGUUCUGUCAACAAAAUGGUCCACAAACCAAGUGGGCAAAUAAUGGCAGUUAAAAGAAUUCGGUCAACAGUGGAUGAAAAGGAGCAGAAACAGCUUCUCAUGGAUUUGGAUGUAGUGAUGCGGAGCAGUGACUGCCCGUACAUUGUUCAGUUUUAUGGCGCACUCUUCAGAGAGGGUGACUGUUGGAUCUGUAUGGAACUCAUGUCUACCUCGUUUGAUAAGUUUUACAAAUAUGUAUAUAGUGUAUUAGAUGAUGUUAUUCCAGAAGAAAUUUUAGGCAAAAUCACUUUAGCAACUGUGAAAGCACUAAACCACUUAAAAGAAAACUUGAAAAUCAUUCACAGAGAUAUCAAACCUUCCAAUAUUCUUCUGGAUAGAAGUGGAAAUAUUAAACUCUGUGACUUUGGCAUCAGUGGACAGCUUGUGGACUCCAUUGCCAAGACAAGGGAUGCUGGGUGCAGGCCGUACAUGGCACCUGAAAGAAUAGACCCAAGUGCAUCACGACAAGGAUAUGAUGUCCGCUCUGAUGUCUGGAGUUUGGGGAUCACAUUGUACGAAUUGGCCACAGGCCGAUUUCCUUAUCCAAAGUGGAAUAGUGUAUUUGAUCAACUAACACAAGUCGUGAAAGGAGAUCCGCCGCAGCUGAGUAAUUCUGAGGAAAGGGAAUUUUCCCCAAGUUUCAUCAACUUUGUCAACUUGUGCCUUACGAAGGAUGAAUCCAAAAGGCCAAAGUAUAAAGAACUUCUGAAACAUCCCUUUAUUUUGAUGUAUGAAGAGCGCGCUGUCGAGGUCGCAUGCUAUGUUUGUAAAAUCCUGGAUCAGAUGCCCGCUACUCCCAGCUCUCCCAUACUCGAAACCUGGAGACGCAGCUACUGGAGUGGUGUUUUGUCAGGACGUGAUGAUGGAUGCGCUGUGUCUGAACACAGGCUCGGGCUGGAGUGAGGAGAGCGGGCACAGCCAACGAGAGACACUGCCUUCUGGAGCUGGGAGACGGAGGAGGGGUUUACUUUCUUCACCAAGUGCAAUAGAUUUACUGAUGUGACGUUCUGUUGCUUUACGGCCACCGUCGAUGUCUGGGGAGUGAUGUGCCCAGCCGGAUUCCCUGUCUGAGAUAUCAUGUUCAAUCAAAGGGACUUUAUCUUUACCAAAAAUCAUGUUGUGAUCAGAGAGGUGAGCAUUGAAAGAUGGAGACAGGACAGAAUGUGUUCUUUCCUCCUUCCCCGUCCUCUGCUCUUCACUGGGAGACUCAGGAGUCUGCCGCUUGUCAGAGAAGGUGCUGACCUGAAGCACAUUCGUGCUCAGAAUCUGGUGUGCUGCCUGCUGGAUGCUCCACCUGCCACAAACCACCUGGACUGAGAGAAGAAAACAGUGCGGAGGGCAAAGUUUACAGAGGUUUUUAACCGUAGAAUCUUAUCUGGAACAACUUGUAGCAGCUAUAUAUUUCCCCUUGGUCCCAAGCCUGAUACUUUAGCCAUCAUAACUCACUAACAGGGAGAAGUAGCUGGUAGCAAUGUGCCUUGAUUGAUUGAUACAGAUUUCUUCUAGGCAGCAAAAGACCAAAUCUCAGUUGUUUGACAUCACUGGUCCAGGUCUUCAGUUUCUGCAUCUCUUUCCUCACCUGUGUGGUCUAUUGCCGCUAUGUGACUUUUGCUUAACCCAAUAUUUUGCCUUUUUUUUCCUGUAUCAGAAACUUUUAUAAUUACCAGGGAUGUUCCUUACCAAGGACUUUUAGCCCCCAAUCUCUCACAUGCUCUAAUGUUUAAAAGGCCUAGAAGCGUGGGGCCAAGCUGAUGUGGUAGGUGAUAAAGGAGCAUCUUUUCUAGAGAGAACACUUGGCAAGAGGAGGAUGUGAAGUGGCAGCCUUGUAGGUAAGCUCGUCACCUGCGAGAAUCUCUAGCAGGUCACCACCAUCUCUUGGAAUUGGAAUUCUACAAAAACAAACAAACAACAACAGUAACAACAGAAAAACAAACCCCCCCCCCC